AUGGGCACCCCAGACAGCUAUCUUCCUCCAGCGCUGAGCGCCGACACUAUCAGUCAACUGAUCGUGUCCCUGGAUCUCCCCACUCCAACCUCAAUUGAACCUCUCCAAGUCACAGCGGCCUUUCAUUCUAUCUACUUGAUCCAUUUUGUAGCAAGCACUCCGAUUCAUACAUCGGAUGGCUCUGUGCUUCCAGUCAAUACUGAUGGCUCAAUGACUCUAGUCCUACGCGUCUCAGGCCGUCAACUACCCACCAUCAAAACUCGUAAUGAAGUCGGAGUCAUGACAUGGGUCCGUCGGAAUACUACCAUUCCCAUCCCCGCCAUCAUUCGCUACGACUCCACCAAUGAUAAUCUCAUCGGUCAUGAAUUCACUCUCCUGGAAAAGGCUCCUGGGAAGAGUAUCGAUCAGAUUUACCAUACCCUGUCAAUAGAGGUCCGCACUAAAAUAGUCCACCAACUGACGGACUAUCUGAUCGAGCUACAUUCUCACCCCUGGGACGGUUAUGUUGGGGGUUUGACACUCACCAAUGGAGAAAUCACUCACGGCCCUCCAAUUGAUGAGAACUUCUGGCAAUUGCCCGAUCUAGAGAAGUAUUGGGCGGGAUCCGAGUCUCUCGAGUCGUUGAACCCGAUUCCUUCUCAGGGUUUCGCUAGCUUCGUGGCCUUCACUGUCGACUGCCUCGAUCGCUACAUCUACGCUAUUGAAAAGCAUUCAUCGCUUGAAUCUUGUAGAGAUCUUAUUCCGAGAAUUCGCGCCUUCGCUGCUGCUAUUCAGGAUCAUGCUGAACAGCUUAAUCAGGUCGUCUAUGUCCUCGCACAUAAGGAUCUCCAUUUUGCAAAUAUCAUGUGUGACCCAGACCACCCUGACUGUCCUAUUACUGCUGUUCUGGACUGGGAGUUCAGCGGUGUUGUGCCUGCACCUCGUUGGAACCCGCCUCGUGCCUUUUUAUGGAAUAUGAAAUGGUCCCCCAAGAAUAAAGAGGAGCAGACCCGUAUGGAAAAGCUUUUUGAAUCCGUCUGUCGCGAAAAGGGAGCAGGGAAGAUCCUCGAAGAGAUGGAGUUGAGUCCACUUCAAGAGUCCAUGCAGACUGUAGUGAAUCAUAUUCGUGCCAUUGUGGAGGUCUGUCCUCGCGGCCAGGCUCAAGACCGAGUUGCACACUGGCGUGAGGUGGCCGAGGCGGCGAUGGAGGUGUUUGGAGUUUAG